UAUGUCACUAGUGGCAGUAGGACUGCAUCUGGCCUUCUCCUCGGACCCUGUUGCACGUGGUUACCGCAUCAAAUGGAACGCCUACUUUACCUCUGCCAGGCCGUUGCUGGUGUAGUUUUCCUGCUGGUUUCUAGUUCCCCUACGUCUGCCUUUACUAUUCCUUCCCAAACGGCUCAUCACGCAGACGUCGGAUUAUACCGAAAGGCUGAAAUGGGCAAUAGUUCUCAACCCUCCUCUUCCAUUUUAGCCUCGUCAGGAGGCCGACGCCCUCAUCCGUCGCAGUCGCCGGAUUUUCACCCAGAUGCCUGGAGGGAAAGUACCUCGUCUCCUGAAGGUACGGUCUUACCAAGUCUGACCGACCUGCGAUGCCCCAGAUGCGCCGUUGACCAGACGAUGACUUACGGCUCCCUCGAGUCCCCGUCGUCGGAGUCCCACCCAGAAUCCCGGGGUCCUUCGAGGAGGGGCCCUUCGUCUCUUCCCACCAAGCACCAGAUACUGACGGAGGAGGAAAUGCAAGCCCUAAGGCUGGAGAGGUUCAAAGCCCAGAUACUGUCUAAAAUGUACCUGAAGGAGAGGCCGCAGGUCACCAUCAGGAGGGAGGACCUUUCGUCCAUCAUCAGCAACGGUGUCGUGUCCGAAAUCAUCGCGGGGAGCUCGGGCCCCACGGAGCCCCCCUCGAAGACGCCGAACACGGUCAUCCUAUCGGCUAGGAGUACUCACUGCCGGGGCCACCGCACCUCCAGGUCCUCUUGCUUCGUCGUCACUUUGGAAGGGUCCACCUCGGGCGUCGUCUCCAAAGCCGUCCUCUGGUUCUGGAAAGUGGAGGAGGCCGAAAGUGACGCUCCACACACCAUCGUCGUCAGACAGAUUCCUCACCACUCCCGCCACAACCACGGGAGGAGCCAGGGCACCACCAUACCCCCCAACGUGACCACCUCCGGCUCCAGAUGGACGGAGGUGGACGUCACCCAGAUAGUGAGGGCGUGGAUGUCCAGCUCCCGCCGGGAGUUCAGACUAGAGAUCUUCUGUUCCUCCUGCGGGGAGAGGGAGGGAGGUCCCGCCUCUAGCGUCAGAGAGCAGUGGCCCUUCGUCAUCGUCACUCAGGAAGAGCCUAAGGUUCGACAGCGCAGAAGCAGCAGCGAGUGCUCGACGGGGUCAGAAGGGGGCUGCUGCAGGGCGUCCAUGAACGUCACGGCCGCCCAGAUGGGAUGGGCGGACUGGAUCAUCCACCCGACGUCGUUCCAGUUCUACUACUGCCGCGGCCACUGUAGGCCUACCCUCCAGUCAGUCACCUCCGCUAAUAUGUCAAGCUACAAUAUGAUCUUGCAGAGAUUAUUCUCCCAGCAAGAAGAGGGGUCACCGCAGAGGGCCGCUCUGAUGCCCUGCUGUUCCCCAACCACGUAUUCUCCGAUCGACAUCCUCUACGUCACCAACAGCACAGUCCAGUACAGGAGGUUUACCGACCUCAUCGUGGCGUCCUGCGGUUGCAACGGCUGAGAAGGAGGGAACCGCGAAGGGCAAGUGGCUCCUUGUUCAAAUACGAACGGCUCGCGAGAGGUCGGAGGGCUGGCCAGAGAGAGAGAGAGAGAGAGAGAGAGAGAGAGAGAGAGUCAGAGAGAGAGGGAGAGACAGAAGGUUCUCUUGACUCGUGGCUGGAAAGCGCAGAGGGUCCGCUGACCACCGCUGAUCUCGCACGGGCUUGAGCGGUGAAGCCUUCGGAAUUUGAAAGGGUUAUGAUAUUAAGAGAACAUUUUUUUUUUUGUCUCAGCGAUGGAGAGAUUUUCUUUUAAGGCUCUCUGUCACUCAGUUUCAGUUUCGGGAAACCCAGACGAGAAUUUUUUUUUCUUUUUUUUUUUAGAAUCAGUGAUGAAAAAGGAGACAUUUGUAAGAAAUAUCAUAUAUAAUUGUCAAUAAAUAAAUAGAUACAAAUAAACAGGAUCGACAUGUUCAACAGUGUCAUGUUUUCUUAAUUUUCUUAAAUCUUGUUCAAAUAUUAAUCAGGUGAAACAGAUCUUGUACAUUUAUUUCACCGUAGGUAAAGACGAGAAGAAAAUAUGUUUGUAGAAGAAAAUAAUAAAAAAAAAACUAGUUUUCGUGUCAUCAGGUUUUUAUAGUUGUAGAAAUUGUUUUGGUCAAUUUAUAUUUGAAACCUUGAAUGAAUUCGAAAAUAUUCUAGAAUGAAAACAGAAAUCAGUUCAACAACUUUGUUCUCGUACUGUAAAUUUUCAAAAAUAAUACUGAUUCCCAUAUAAAGAAUAAAUCUGGCAUUACUGACUGUACAUAGUAAGAUUUGUUAAAAUAAUUAUUGUAAAUAGUAUAGAAAAACUUAAUUAUUUAAUGUACAUAAGAAAUUAUUUUGUCAUUUGUAAAUUAUAAAACGGGCAUAACUUUUGCUUUAGAAUGUAAAUAGUUAUUUUAGUUCUGGCGUCAUCCAUGUAAAUAACGUGUUCAUAUUUUCAAAUAAUUUUUGUUUGGUAAAUUUUAGGAAAAAAAUUUAUUUUAUUUUUUCUUCGUUUCAAAUGUCACUUACAAUUACUGUUUCAUCUUCUGGAUCUGAUUAGGAAAAAUGUUUCAAAUUUUCAUAUCUGUUCUGAAUUGUACAACGAUUUUUUUUUCAUAAUUUAUAAGUCACAUUACCAUCUGUACAUACGCAUUCUUAUUUGUAAAUAUGGGUGUACUUAUUUUGCCUCCAUUUGAAGUAUAUUUUGUACGUUAUUU